AUUUCUAAUGAAUGCCAUCAAGCAGAUAUUCUUUAUAUGCCUCAUAAUAUAACUUAUAAAUAUUGCUUAUGUAUAGUUGAUGUAGCUUCACAAUAUAAGUGGGCGGUUCCUUUAACAGAUAAGACAUCAAGUAGUGUAGCUAAAGCCUUUAAGAAAGUUUAUAGUAAUUUCAGAUGCCCUCUUAUUUGGCCUAAAUUAUUAAUGAUAGAUCCUGGUUCAGAAUUUAAAUCAGACUGUAAAGAAUUAAUAGAAAAACAUAAUGUUAAAAUUAAGAUUGGCACAUCUCAUAGAAGUCAAGCUAUUGUUGAGAGAUUUAAUCACACUUUAGCUGAAAAAUUGUUUAGAUUACAGGAUGCUUUAGAUUUAUUGUUGCCUAUCUCCAAAAGAUCUAGAGCUUGGGUUAAAAAUCUUCCCAUUAUUGUCAAUGAUCUUAAUAAUUCGAUAACUAGACUAAUUGCCUUUAAUGAGUCUAAGCUAUCAUAUAAUACAUCAGUAAGAUAUUUGCUUGAACCUGGUGAGUUAGAAGGUGGACAAAUGCGAGUAACUGAUAUAAAUUGGUCUUCACAAGGCAAUGGACCAAGGUGCUCUUUUGUAUUUGAAGAGCUUCAAAUCAUUCCUUCUAAUACAGAAUUGCCACCCCAAUGGGUGCUUACAAAUUAA